GAAUGAGUGUGUGUGUAUGCACUAUAUGUGUGUGAUCAUGAGUGAGGCUUGAGGAGAAGGAGCGGCAGAGCAGUAGUACAGUGGACGGAGAGCAGCUUCUUGUUAACCCACCUCUUUAGACAAUAAUCUGCAUUGACUCCAGGGAAAAACAACACAGGAACCCAUUAGAGAGAGCAAGUGCACUGGGGCAAAGUCAGCAAAGACAAAGAUGUCAACUUACAACUGCUCCCUUGAUCUAAUACCUGAAAGAGGUGGGUGGCUUUGUCCUCUCGGGGAAAAGUGUAGCAAUCUGACGCCAGGAAUCAACGGCAGCCACGUCGACCUGGAUGAAGCGUGUUUGACAGACUACCUGGAAAAAUACCUGGGUCCUCGUCGAUCCUCUGUGUUCCUCCCAGUCUGUCUCAUCUACCUGAUCAUCUUUGUGGUAGGUGUACUGGGGAAUGUGCUGACGUGUACUGUUAUCGCACGGAACAAAGUGAUGUGGACGCCGACAAAUUACUACCUGUUCAGCCUGGCAGUGUCAGACCUGCUGGUGUUGCUGCUCGGCAUGCCACUGGAGCUGUACGAGCUCUGGCAAAACUAUCCCUUUCUCCUGGGGAAGGGAGGGUGUUACUUCAAAACCUUUCUGUUCGAGACAGUAUGCUUGGCGUCCAUCCUGAACGUGACAGCACUGAGUGUGGAGCGCUACAUUGCUGUGGUGCACCCACUGCGAGCAAAGUAUGUCGUGACGCGCACCCAUGCCAAACGUGUCAUCCUCACAGUGUGGGGUGUGUCAGUGUUGUGUGCCAUCCCCAACACAAGUCUGCAUGGGAUCGCCAUCCUUCAUAGUCAUUCCACCAGCCAGGCUGGAAACGUAAAUGUGGAAAUCCCUGACUCGGCCAUCUGUACACUGGUGAAACCACUAUGGAUGUACAAUCUGACCAUUCAGGUGACCACUCUGCUGUUUUUUGCUCUGCCCAUGCUCAUCAUCAGCGUUCUCUACAUGCUGAUUGGGCUGCAGCUCAAGCGCGAAAAAAUGCAUCAGGCACUGGAGGUGAAGUUGGAGUUUGGACAGGAGAGCUUUUGUAACGUCCGUACGCAGCAGCAGAAGACACGUCGCCGGCAGGUCACUAAAAUGUUGUUUGUUUUAGUGGUGGUAUUUGGGAUCUGCUGGGCGCCAUUUCACACCGACCGGCUCAUGUGGAGUUUCAUCCAUGACUGGACUGAAAACCACCUGGAAAUCUUCCAGUAUGUCCACAUCAUCUCUGGAGUGUUUUUCUACCUCAGCUCAGCCGUUAACCCAAUCCUUUACAACCUCAUGUCCACCCGCUUUAGAGAAAUGUUCAUGGAAGUCAUGUGCCACCGGCCACAUCACGCAACUCCGAGAAAAUACUCGCUCAGCGUCACCCGGGUGACGCUCCGCAGCACACUGAGCGACGCGCCUCUCAACAACGGAGCGGCUGUUAUUGAGGCCGAGGCAGAAAAUGGAGUAAGACAUGAGACCACUUUUUCAGCUUAAGGGGUUUUUCAAGUGUACUGUGGUGUCCAGGUGUCCUCAUCUGAUUCACUGCAUCCAUCAGCUGUAAUCAACAUCCAAACUAAAUAAGUGCAUCAGCUAAAUAUCUAAUUGCAAAGUGGAGGAAGUGAACUGGAAGCACACUCGUCUGACGUCUGCUGAAACUGCCAUUUUAAGUGUUUAUUACUAGGCUUCUUGUAACUCACUGGAGAUGAACUUCUGUGCCACAGUCCAAACAGGCCUGAUUCGAGAAUGCAACUAACGAGAUGAACUUAUCCAUGCAUUAGCGGAUUGUUUGAAAAAGUAAUUGCGUGCUCAUCUGUUUUAGAUGUAGGUCAGUGCUCUCAAACCUGGCAACUUAGUAAGUCCUACCAAUACUGUAAUUAAGUGAAAAAAGCUUUUUGUUGCUGUUGAUGUUAUUAUUCUGCCUCUGUUUGGUCGUCAUGACUAU